CACAAUUAUUCCACAACCCGAACAGCAGGAACACAUGCUAGGUACUCCCCAACAAAAUAAACCGUAAAUUAAUAAGCACCCAAAAGACACCAAAACCAGCAACAAAAUGAAUCGCAUUGACGCCUCCAUGGAUGACAUGGCCAACAACAAGUUCCUGACUCUCUACAGCAGUGUGAUCAAAAGCUAUGCCGCCUCCACGGACUUUAGCUACAACGAAGUCGUCUGCCUGUUGAUCGUCUACUACAAGUUUUCGCUGAGCAAUGGGCCCUCCUCUCGGAUGAUGACCAUCAAUCAGCUGUACGGCCUCUUUCUGGUGCUGUUCCAGAUCUUCGAUGUCAGCAUCAUCGAUCGCAUUCUGGUGAACAUUACGCAAGAUGCGCGCACUGUUUCCCCGGAUGCAUGGAUGCAACUGUUUUCGGUGUUUCUGAGCCGCAACCUACAAGAACGUUUGCGAUUUGCAUACAGUGUCUAUACAAGUGCUGGCACACAAGUGCUUAACCGUGAGACAGUGGCCCUGGCUGUGGAGAAGUUCUUUGUUGGCGAAGACGAAGAUGAGGUUCAGGAGCUUCGAGCGGACAUGUGCGAGUUUCUGUUCAAUAAGUUCGACAUUGAUAAGGAUGGUAUUAUAUCGUUUGAGGAGUAUGCCGAAAUAGUCAACCGUCAGCCGGGUCUGCUGGAGUUUCUGGGCCAAAUCUAUCCCGAUGAUAACGAUAAAACCCUGAUUGCCUACUGCAACAACAUUGAGAGUAUGUUCCCCACCGAAGAUUAGCGUUCAAUUACAUGCGAUUUAUGAUUGGA